UGAACUGUCACUUCAAAAGAAAAAGAAAAGACCAAUGCCACUCAUUGGCUUAUUUCAACACAGAAACACAAAAGAAGAAUACCCAAUGGAGCCACUAGGGUCCGGGUUAAUUUCACCCAUCAUGACAAGCUCCAUCAUUCGACAGAAUAAUGAUAACAAUGCGCCUCAAAGGACAUGUUCUUCCUCGGCUCUUCAUAAGCAGACAGUGCGUCGUAGCACAAAUGCUUCAGCACCAACUCUGGUUACACAUCGACAAGGUUCGGAACAUCAUUACUUAUAUCAUCAUGAUCCACUGUCUUCUCCUCCUGUGUCUCCUCCUCCUUUGUCUCCUACCAAUCUUUCUUUUGCCACAAUAACAAGGCCUUCGCUAAAAUUACUUUCACCUACUUAUCAACCUGCUUCCUCACUAUCUAGUGCAGAUAGUGAUAGUGACGAUGAUGAACCAUUAGGACACUUGCUUACGCCUCGGCUCAGACAAAUAAACCAAAAAGCAUGUUCAUUACUAAGCGAUGUAAGCGAAGAAGGCGAUGAUGAUUUAGUGCCUAUUGCUCGGCUAUCAAUUUCCCGCUCAAGCGUCUAUCAUUUGUCGGCUGCUGAAAAAUACAAGGCCAAAGUGAAAGCUAAAUUACGCAUGACAGACAAACACUAAACUGUAAUAUUUUUUAUUUAUGUCCUACAAUACUUUACAAACUAUGUUUAUUAAAAUGACUUUUUUUUUU